AUGGCUGCCGCUGAUCCUGCUCCAGCGCUAGUCGCUCUGGACAAUGCGAUCGCGCAGAUCGACCUUCUCAUCUCCCGCCUCACCGCGUCGUCCGCCCCCUCAGCUGACGUUCCCGUCGCCGCUCAGCCGAAAGCAGCAGUAGCUGGAAGCAAUGGCGAGAAGCAGUCGUCAGAAAAAGGGAAAGCAAAAUCUGCGAAACCAGCGCAAUCAUCAGCUGCUCCAGCGUCAGCGGGGGAGAGUGUAGAGAAUUUCGACAAAUGCGACAUGAGGGUGGCGCGGGUGCAGGCGGUAGAGCUCCACCCGGUGGCGGAGAAGCUCUACGUCUGCCAGGUGGAGGUUGCGCCAGGGGAGCUCCGCCAGGUGGUGGCUGGCUUGAGGAAGUUUAUCUCGCAGGAGGAGCUGCAGGGGCGGCUGGUGUGUGCCGUGUGCAACCUCAAGCCCGCCAAGCUCGCUGGGCAACCCAGCCAAGCCAUGAUGCUCGCUGGCUCGCACCCCUUUGCCGAGGCUGAGGCCGGGGAGGUUGUCAAGCUCAUCGAUCCGCCCCAAGAUGCCACAGUGGGUGAUCGAGUCUGCAUCCAGGGUCGGCCUGCUAGUGCAGCCCCAGUGAAGCAGCUCAGCUCCAAAGUGUGGGAGAAGGUGGCAGGGCUGCUCCGCGUGCAAGGAGGAGCUGCAACGUUCGAUGGGCAGGCUCUGGUCACAGGGGCGGGUGGAGGCAUCACUGUGCAAGGCCUAGUUGAUGGCAAACGGUACCAGGCGGUAGGAGAGCGGUACUCUGGGUAUGGCAGGGAGAGUGGGGGGCGAGGAGGUGGAGAGGGAGAGAGGGAAUAUGUGGGAAGGAGAGGGCGGGGGAUUGAGGAGCGGUGGGGGGGAAAGGGGGAGAGUGGGGGUGAGCGGAGAGAGAGGUGGGGGGAUGGACGGAGAGAAGGGGGAGGUUAUCAGGGGGAAAGGGGGAAGGUUUAUGGGGUGAGUGAAGGGGGCGAUUAUGAGAGGAGAGGGAGGGGCGGUUAUGAGGGGGCAGAGACGGCGGAAUACGGAAGGGGGGAGAGGGGCGGGUAUGGGGGGAGAGGCAGGGGCUCGUAUGGAGAAAGCGAGAAAGGUGGUUUUAGGGGGAGCGAUAGGGGUUUCUAUGGGAGAAGGGAGAGGGGUGAGUAUGCGGGAAGGGAGAGGAGUGACUUUGGAAGGGGGAACAGGGAUGACUUUGGAAGGGGGAACAGGGAUGACUAUGGAGGGAGGGAGAGGAGCGAGUAUGGAGGGAGGGAGAUGGGCGGAUUAGAAGAAAGAGGGGGGGUUGAGUACAGGGGAAGAGAGACGGAUGAUAAUGGGGUGAGAGGGAGAGGGAGGGGGGAUUAUGGGGGAAGAGGGAGAGGCGAGUAUGGGAGUACAGGGAGAGGCGACUAUAGCAGGAGAGGGAGGGGUGGAUACGGGGGAAGAGGGAGGAGUGACAACGGCAGGAGAGGAGAUACGCAGUCAGACUUUCAUCGCCGUCCUCGCGAAGAGGAACGAGGGUGGGGGAGGGAGAGGCUUGAGGGACAGCACCAGGAGAUGAUGUCAGAUGUCGAGGCGAAUGGAGUGCUGGAGGGACAUCUGUCAAUGGAUAGGCACUCACAAACAGAUGGGCAUUCGGCAAAAGAAGGACACCUGCCAACAGAGGGGGUGAUACGACUCAUGAAUGUGGAUGUGCCGUUGCAUGCCGACCCGGGCAAGGAUGACGUGGCAGUGAGUGAGGGGCUGGUGCGGGCGGCAGCAUCGGCGCUGCAUGUGCGGGCGGAGCAUCUGCCCCCGUCUGCUCUCACCGUCGUGCGCAAGUCCUUUGAUGCCCGCAAGGUGCGCAAAGGGUUUAGAGCGGUACCAGGGAGUAAAAGAGUGUUAGUCUGGCCAUUACUAAGGUGCACUCUCGGCUCGGUUGUGCUGCACGUGUGGGCGGAGCAUCUGCCCCCGUCUGCUCUCACCGUCUUGCGCAAGUCCUUCGACGCCCGCAAGGUGUGUUGGGCUUGGUUGUAUGCAUUGCAAGCGGGGUUGCUGGCAGCUCUCGUACUGGCAGAAGCAGGCGAGGAGGUGAUAGUGGUAGAACGGGGUCAGCCCGUGGAGGAGCGGGGGCGAGACAUCGGCGCUCUAGCCGUGCGCCAUGUGCUCAACCCUGACAGUAACUUCUGCUAUGGGGAGGGUGGUGCUGGGACGUGGAGUGACGGCAAGCUGACAACUAGGAUCGGGAAGAAUAGUCAAGAUGUGAGGGAGGUGCUGAAUGUGCUAGUGAGGAUGGGUGCUCCCGAACGUAUUCUUGUGGACGGGCGCCCGCACCUGGGGACUGACAGGCUCGUGCGCAUCCUGCAGCAGUUCCGGGCGUACUUGCUAGGUUUGGGCGUGGAGAUCAGGUUCGGCACGGUGGUGGAGGAUUUGGAGGUUCGGAACGGGCGGGUGGCCGGGGUGCGAGUGAGGCCGGCUGGGAGUGCGGUGGGAAGCGGUGCAGAGGGGCGGAGUGUGAUAGCAGCGGAUAGGGUGCUGCUGGGGGUGGGGCACUCAGCAAGGGCGGUGUUUGACAUGCUUCUCUCUCACAACGUGCUGCUCUCCCCAAAGGACUUUGCUGUGGGCUUCCGUAUCGAGCACCCCCAGCGAGAGAUCAACGCCAUUAGGUACCGGCGGUGGCAGGGCAGCAUGGACGUGGAAGCAGCAGUGGCGCGGGGCAAGGGGCCCAUCCCCGUGGCUGACUACUCGCUCGCAGGGCAGUUUUCCCUCCCUGGGAGCAUCACCAGCGGUAGCAGCAGUGGCAGCAGUGACAGCAGCGACAGCAGUGGGCAGCAGGAGCGCAGCUGCUACUCGUUCUGCAUGUGUCCGGGAGGGCAGGUGGUGUGCACGAGCGUGACAGCAGACGAGCUCUGCCUCAACGGCAUGUCCUUCUCCAACCGCUCCUCGCUCUGGGCCAACGCUGCAUUGGUGUCAUCAGUCUCGGCGUCUGCUGGCGAUUUCGAUGACUUCACGCGGGAGCAUGGCGCCUUAGCAGGCAUGGAGUACCAGGUACGUUGA